AUGGAUGCAAAAAGACGAAAACGCCCAUCAACUGAGCCAGGGUUUAGAGGCUCCAAGGAAAUCAAAAGAUACAAACUGUUCGCAUCAGUUGCCAUUGGACAGGCACCGUUGCAUGCUACACGAGUAGGUCAACUCUGCGCAUGUGCUUGCUCUAUUGUACAGGUUCCCAGUUGUGUAUUUAUAGUGAACAAGCCUAUACGUCCCACCGCAUCGCCCCAGACCACGAAGGAGUUUUGA